AUUGAAGGAGCGGCGAGGAAGAGGCAGGAGGGGGUUUGGACGUCCACUGUCAAGUUUCUGUCGGUUGUGGUUUCUUUUUAAAAGCCUCAUUAAAAGUGUUCCUGCUCUCUCUCUCCCCUCCAGUCGCAACUACCUCUGCCCCUCCUCUUGUUACUAGUAGCUCUACAAGUCUUGCUCCACUGGUCAUAUUUCCAGUCUGCCCCAUUACCUCCCUAACCUCGCCAGCCCAUGGAUAUGAAAGCGGAGGCUCAGCGAGUUAUGGCCGUGGCGCUGGGCAAGAUGUACAGCUGUCGGCUGCAAAGGGGCGGCGCUCGCCUCCACCGGAGCCUGCUCCUGUCCCUGGUGCUCCGGGGAGCCCAGGAUGUCUACCUCGGCCUGAGAGCCGCCCGGCAGCCGGGGAGGGAGGAGCCGGCCGCUACCGGAAUGGAAGUGGAGAGUGGGGUCCGAGGAUCCGACCCGGCCCCGGCGGCGGAAAGUCCGGCGCAAGGUAUCGAGUUGAUGGACUGUUCGGCGCAACCCCUCGCUUCCGCGGAAAGUCCGGCGCAAAGUAUCGAAGCGGCUGGGCGCCUUGACUCGGCGGAAUGUAUCGAAUCGGGGGGAGUUUCGGGGCAAUGUAUCCAGUCAGGAGAGUGUAACCAACCCGGGACACCCGGACAGGACAAUGUGGCUGAGCCGGCUCCCCCAGAGGGUCAGGAAGUGCCCGAACACCAGCAACUUGUUCCCCGGACGGACAGGGGCAGGAAGCGGAGGAAAGGCUGUCCUGAGCCCGAGGGACUACCGAGCAAGCGGGCUCGGCUGGAGGAGGAGGAGGAGGAGGGGGAGGAGACAACCCCUUCGACCCACAUCCUGGCUUCCAGCCACGGGACGGGACUACAGGUCAAAGUCAAAGAGCAGCCGGUGCCCCAGGGACAGAUGUGGCGAGACAGAGUGUUGGGCGAGCACUUAUCCAUGUGGGUCAGGCCCAUUGUGGCUUAUUGAGAGAGCGGGUUUCUGGCUCGGAAACUGACCGGAAGAAUUGACAAGGGAAGCUUGCCCUGAAAUCCAGACGAGGCAACUCUCUACUGGCCGAGAGAUCCGCCUAUCUGGUGCUACUGAGUCGCCCUAAAGGUGUCCGAACAGCGACGAAGUGUUCACAGGCUUAAACUGAAGACAAAGCCUGCCUUGGAAAGACUGAGCGAAGAUUAAGGUGCCUGGAGCCCAGAAAAGCGACCAGACAGACUCAUUAGUAUCAAAUUGCACAGCAGAGUCUAGCGGCGUAAACAAUCCUGCCUUAUUUAAUCAUGGACACUUCAGCUUGUCCAUCGAAUCCUCAACGAACUGCGUUUAUUUGUUUUAUGUCUGUGUGUGUGUGUGAGAGAGGGAGAGGAAGCCUGUCAUUAGCUCUGGGCGAGAUGAGUCACGCACAUUGGACUGUUGCACCUCAUUGCGUCAGAAGGUAAAUUAUAUGGAAGUCGGAAAUGUAUUUUUAAAAUUCAGGACUUGUUUGGCACCGAGUGCCACGCACCAGCUUCUAAAGACUAUUUUAUACUUGAUGGCAUUGUUUCUUCAGAAGUUAACUUCUGUAUACUUGAAAUGUAUUUCUAAAAUUCAGGACUUGUUAAUAAAACGGACCAAUAAAACUGAU